GAUACGCGAUCGAAUUUCAACGUCAGAAAUGUAAAGAAAAUGGCGAGAGUAACGUGUACCCCGGGUGAUUUAAUUCAAUGGGAUUCUGCUGAAAAUUGUCUGGCACCGUUAACAGAUUUUCAAAAAGAUUGUUUGCAAAAAUUGGAAGAAGAAUUUUCUUCUCUCAACAAUUCAACAUACGAAGAUACCAGCGAGAAUAAUGAACAUUUAAAUCAAAAUAAGUGUGAUAACAUAACGCAAAUUGAACGAUGUCAAGAUGUUCUAGAAUAUUAUACGAAAUUAGAAAAGGAAUUUAUAUCAUCUGAGAACUUGAAAUAUAUGUUAUAUUUAAAUGAUCUUAAAACACGUCGUCAAGAAUGUCAAGAACUUUGUGAGCUUAUCAAGGAUACCUUAGAAGAUUUUUCUAUUCUAUUUAAACAAUAUGCCGAAGUAUCUGAUAAAACAUCCUCAUUGCACAAUGCUAGCGAAGAACUUAUCUCGGAUCAAAAGCGAUUAAAUUCUAUGGUAGAAAGUAUUGCGGAAUAUGUGAAGUAUUUUAAAGAAGUAGAUGUGAUAAUGGAAAAAUUAGAAGCUUCUACUUUAUCCGUAAACAGUGAUAUGUUUUUUAACAUAGUAGACAAAGUAGAUAUCAAUAUGGAUGCUUUACAAACAAAUAAUACUUUCAAAGAAAGUGCCACUUAUUUAGUUAAAUAUAGACAUUGUCAAUCCAAGAUUAUAACUUUGAUACAAAAUUAUGUUUUUAAUUUAUUUUCAAGAACUACAGAAAGCAUUUUAAAUUUUAAUGAAACUGAAGGUAUACAAGAAAAUAUGGAUGCUGCUUUGGCAUUAUUUUAUGGGAGAUUUCAAACUAUCGUUUCAAAAGUAAAACCUAUAAUAGAACAAGUGGAAACGAAAUCUGUAAAAAGACAGGAAUAUAAUAAUUUAUUAUUAGAAUGUCAUCAAUAUUAUUGGAGUCAAAGAGGUUUAGUAUUAGGCCCUAGCAUUCAAAAAUCAUUAUCUGCCAUAAAGGAGAGAUACAACGGAGAUCAUUGCAGUUUAGUCAGACAUUCGUGUGCAUUACUUUUACAUGCAUCGGUUGACGAAUACAGAUUGUUUUAUGAAUUCUUUUCGAAACCAUCUAUCGGCCUAACAACAUUUCUUGAAAGUCUUUGUACCUCUUUAUACGACACCAUAAGACCGUUUAUAAUUCAUAUAAAUCAUUUAGAAACUCUGGCAGAAAUCUGUUGUAUUUUAAGGAUAGAAAUGUUGGACGAACACGUGCAAAAUAAUUUUGAGCCAUUAGAAGGCUUUGGAAAUAUUUGCUUACAACUUUUACACGAUGUACAAGAGAGACUUGUUUUCCGUGCUCAAUUGUAUUUACAAUCUGACGUAUUAAAUUAUAAUCCAUCGCCUGGCGAUUUAGCGUAUCCGGAAAAAUUAAAAAUGAUGGAAGAUAUUGCCGAAUCGAUAAGAGAGGAAACACGUCAAUCAAGAAUGAAAAGAAUAUCUGUAUCAUCUAACGACAGUAAUAUCUUAGAGCCAGUGUCAAGAAAUCAUAUCAUAAUGGAUUCUAUUUAUCAAAAAUCUCAUAUGGGUAGUUCUCCAGCAGAUUUACAUGGAAUGUGGUAUCCUACAGUUCGCAGAACAUUGGUUUGCUUAUCACGACUCUAUAGAUGCGUAGAUAGAUCUGUAUUUCAAUCGCUUAGUCAAGAGGCUAUAUCUCUUUGUGUCCAAAGUAUAGAGAAGGCAAGAAAUGAUAUUGAAAAUAGAGCUUCUACGUUGGAUGCUGAAUUAUUUCAAAUCAAACACUUACUAAUAUUACGUGAACAAAUCGCCCCGUUUCAAGUAGACUUCACUAUCAAGGAAUAUAGUUUGGAUUUUUCCAGAGUAAAGAUGGCGGCUUUUGGAUUGUUUGAGAAAAGUUCAAAGCUUUUCACUUUGUCGAACAAUGCCUUAUUGGAAUUUCUAUUAGAAGGCGCACCUAAAAUGAAAGAACAAUUAAUUGAUUCUCGUAAGGAGGUUGAUAAUAACCUAAAACAUGCGUGCCAGAGAUUAAUUCAACAUGCUACAUAUGUAUUGAUAAAUCCCAUUAUGCAAUUAUUAGAAAAGGAAAAAGUAUAUUCUAAUUCUCCCGACGCAAAUACAAAACAAAAGAUAUUUGGGACUGCUCAAGAAGUAAAUGCCAUUGUUGCCGAUGUUUUACGAACAAUUAAAUUUAAGCUUCCAAAUAUUCAACAAUCGAUGCAAUUAUAUUUAGCCAACAAAGAAACAGAAUUUAUUUUAUUAAGACCGAUAAAGAAUAAUAUUAGUGCUGCAUUUGCGCAAUUAUAUCAAUUAUUAAGCAAGUAUUAUACUUCGGAAGAACUUUUAUUAAUUGCUUGCCCGUUACCGGAACAAAUUUCUGUUAUAUUAAGUUCGUCCAGUCUUGUUCAAAAUAAAUCAAUACAAUUAGAAAAUAAAAAUUCGCAAGAUAAGGAGGAACUUUAGUGAAAUAGAAAAGAAUUGAAAUUAUUAUACAGACGAUUAUGUAAAUAUAUACAUGUAUGUACACAAAACUCUUUGUAACGAUCUAAUUUAACAUGUAUAUAAAUUAAUAUUUUUCAUUACAAGUUCAAGGGAUAAAAAAAAAGAAAGGCCCAUUAUUUAAAGUGCAAUGCAAAAUAAAAUAAUUGUAUAUCGAAAGUUUUAUAUGUAUAUAGAUGUAUCUAAACUAAAUAUAGUACAAUUUUUAUACUAAUCACUGGAUGAAACAAUAUAAAGUACUGCGAAACUAAAUAUAAAUUUGUAUAAAUUUA